AGCUUGGUUGCACCGCGGCCCGUUCAACCUAACAUCCCGUCGCACCGGCGGAAAGCUCGCGAGCUUCUGCUGGCGUCCGCUCCGCUCCGGGCCACCGACACACAAUCCUCCACAUUUCAGAUAUUUGAUUAUUUUGGAUCAAGCCGUGCUGUAAAGCAAAGUGGUUCUUGCAGAACCUAAGUAAGUAAGUGAAUUGGUGUUCCAGGAUGAGUUAUACAGAAAAGCCUGAUGAAAUUACAAAAGAUGAAUGGAUGGAAAAGCUCAAUAAUUUACAUAUACAAAGAGCUGACAUGAAUCGUCUCAUAAUGAACUAUCUAGUUACAGAAGGAUUUAAGGAAGCAGCAGAAAAAUUUCGAGUGGAAUCUGGAAUAGAGCCCAGCGUUGACUUGGACACUCUGGAUGAACGUAUUAAAAUUCGUGAGGUGAUACUGAAUGGACAGAUUCAAGAGGCCAUUGCAUUAAUCAAUAGUCUCCACCCUGAGCUGCUGGACACAAACCGUUACCUCUACUUCCACUUACAGCAACAGCAUUUGAUUGAGUUGAUUCGCCAACGUGAGACUGAAGCAGCUCUGGAGUUUGCUCAGACUCAGCUUGCUGAGCAAGGUGAGGAGAGUCGAGAGUGUCUUACUGAGAUGGAGCGUACCCUGGCACUAUUAGCUUUUGAUAAUCCAGAAGAAUCGCCAUUUGGAGAUCUGCUUAAUAUGAUGCAGAGGCAAAAGGUUUGGAGUGAAGUGAAUCAAGCUAUUUUGGAUUAUGAGAAUCGUGAAUCAACGCCCAAACUCGCCAAACUGCUAAAGCUUCUAUUAUGGGCACAGAAUGAGUUGGACCACAAGAAAGUUAAAUAUCCUAAGAUGACAGACCUCAGUAAGGGAACAAUUGAGGAACCCAAAUAAAGUCUGUAUGAUGGGAAUGAACAGGAUUGUGGAGUGUCUUCCUGUACGUUAACCGCUUAUCAGAAAGGACUGUAAUAAAUUCACUAAUAAAUGACAGAACACGUGAGAACAACUCUAUGGUUAAGAAUAAUCACAUUUAAGGCUGGGAUGAAGUCCAAAGCAUUGCCAACGCAGUACAUCAGGGAACACCACCAAAUGGUUGCUGAAGGGUCAAGGGAUUGCAAGAUUCACCCCAGUCCUAAAUUCAUUUUUUUAUGGUAACUUAUAACUUUACCAAUUCCACACGUUGGACUGAAAAUACAAAUUAUUAGGUAUUUACUUUUGCCUGCUGUACAGUGUUUCUAUUUGCAGUUUUUUUUUUUUGCUUCAUAUGCUGAUGGUUCUUAACAGUAUGUUUAUAUAUUUUCAGAACAACUUUACUAAACACUUGUCUUUUCCCUAAUUAGCCAUUUUCGAGCCAAGAUUCUUACCAAUAUCAUCAGAAAUGUUAUUGUUAAUAUGGUAUCCUACUGACUGCUGUUAAUGUUAUCUGGAGCCAGUUGUGGAUGCAGUAUGGAUACUAAGAAUGUAAUUAGUAGAAAAUAAUUAUCCAUCUUUUGUCAGUCUCAUUAAAAUUUUCCCUUGUUUAGGAAAGAGUUCAAAUGUUUGUUAAUUCUCAUUAAGUAGCCUUGUACUGAAUUAAAAUCCACAAGCUUGUAAGGCAUAGUAUUUAAACUCAACUUUGUAUAUUUUGUGGGAAUGGCUCACUUAGAAAUGAGUUGUUUGUAUAUAAUGCAGGAAAAAAAAAUAGUAUAAUGCUUUCCCAAUACUAAAGUGCUUUACACUUUGAAAUUCAACUAAUGUGCUUUUAAACAUUGUGUAUCGUGUGUGUCAAGAUUUGUUUUGUUUAAUGUUAAUUUAUCAUUGCAUAUAUUAGCAAAUACUUUGAAAAUCCACAAAUGAAAGUCAUUGACAUCUAGUUAGUUUUAUAGGUCAAUGCAGACUCUGUAUCUAAUACCUUUUUAAACAAAGAACUUCACGUACUUAUUUAAUUUUCCAGAACUUUUUAUUAUUAACUUAGAAAAAGGAAAAUUCCAUAUGCAAUCUUUUUCUGUAAAUAUUCCCUAGAUGGACUUUAAAAAUGUAACUGAGGUACAGGUAGAAAAUAUGCUGGUCUGCGAAUGAUGAAAAUAUUGUGUAAAAAAAUAAAUAAAUGAGGGCAUUUAUUUACUUUCCUCAGCCCCCCCAUUUGUUUUCAAGGUUCUAUGGCAAUAGAUUAACAGUUUGUGAGCACAUAUCUGGAGCAGUUUAGCAUAACAGUAAGAAAGUGCUACAUCACAUUAUUGGUAAACAGUUAAGAUCCAAUAAGGAAACUUAAAUUGUGAGUUUUAUUGGAAAUCUCCUCCUGAACAACUUUAACAUUUUUGUUUACUCUUACAUGUUUCCUCCUGCAAGUACAAAAAAAAAUCUACUUAACCCUGGCAAAUGCCAAUCAAAUGUGAUAACUGCCCUAUUACAGUAACUUAUUUACUACAAUACCAAAUGGCAGAUAGUGGGUCUUCAGUUACGGUUACAUAGAAGGUUCCACCAAUUCCGUUCUGAUUUUACUAUAUAAUAUAAUUCUCAUAUUUUGAUCAUAAAGUUAUCUCGGCCUAUGCAGCAAAAGUUUUUGGGAUUUCUUUUGGCACAAUGCUCUUUAAGAUGGAGCUAAAAUCCAGAAGCAUGUAUUAGCCCGAGUCCCCCAUUAUUCCCACUCCACCAUUAUCUGUCUGUGUCUCCUGAUAGGUUUUUAUUCCAAAUGAACUUCUCUGUGUAUAUAGUACUAUUUUGUAGAGAUACAAAUUCCAAAAUUACAAGUUUAAGCAUGUGCAAGUAUCUAUAAAUGGUGAAUUACUCUCUGAAGGGACUUAUCCGAGGAAAAUUAUAAGGAAUUUUGUUACCGAAUAACUCGUUGGAAUUGGCUGUGUGCAAUGUAUUGCUUAAGCAAGAAGUAUUGAGGUUGUAUCUAUUGAUCAUCUUUCCAAAAGCAAUGUUAAUGAACAUCAUUCAAAUAUCUUAGGUAGACAAAAAAGCUGGAGAAACUCAGCGGGUGAGGCAGCAUCUAUGGAGCAAAGGAAUGGACAACGUUUCGGGUCGAGACCUUUCUUAAAUAUCUUAAUCAUUUGUGCAUAAAACCAUCCAGUUUCUUCUUGAAUUUACCGACAUUAGUCUCUUCUACCUUGCUGAGCAGACAUUUCAUAUAUUCAGCAUCUUCAUUAAAGAAACAUUAUUCAUUAAUGCCUUUUUUUCAUUGAGGCCAGAAGCUGUGGAUCCAAUGGUGGGAUGGAUAAUGUGUGGGGAAAUGUACAUUUUUUAAAUAUAUAUAUUUUUAAAAAACUGGAUGGAUGAAUUUAGUUUUGUGUACCAAUUUGGUGACUGGGUUGAAGCAUAUUGUUAUAAAUCUUUAUGUUGUAGACUAUUUUGACAUACGAUCUGAACAAUUAGAAACAACAUCCUUAGAAUUAACUGGUGAGCUAAUGUUUUUUUUUUGGGGGGUGGGGGGGAGUCAUGUUUAUUUUAGUGACUAUAUUCUUCAAAGUUUAAUAGUAAAUAAAAGAUUACAAUCCACACAACCUUCUUUUGAAUUUCAUCUCCCAUAGGUAAUGAGAACUUAACUAAAAGUGUUAUUUAUAUUUACCUGGCCAAUAACUAUAAUGCUUUACCACUACAUACACUUUCUGAUGCAAGGUUAGGAUAUAAUUACAUUUCUUGACUCCAAGAUCAAUAUAGCAUUUUACUUUCUGUAAACGAUACACCGGGAUCCAUUGUAAGCCUUUCCUGUAACACUUGCACUUUCUGUGGAUGAUGUGUCUGAGCCCGAUUCCUAAGAGUCAAAGGUGUUUUAUUGUCAUACGUCCCAGAUAGAACAAUUAAAUUCUUGCUUGCAGCAGCACAACAGAAUAUGUAAACAGUACACUGCAAAGACAGUUUGUAGCUGGGCAGACGCAUUCCUUUAAAGCCACCUGGAAUUCCUCCUUAGGAGGAUAUUUAAACUCUUGGCUGUAGGUGAUUCUUUUGCAGAAGCUCAUUGAUAGCCAUGGGAGCCACAGAGAAAAUCUGAGUGGAGUUGACAUUGCAUGUUCAAUUUACUGCUGACCAAUUCUGAACGGUAAACCUUUAAGUGACAUCGGGCCUCCAAUAGAUACGCACAGUAUGGCAUUGCUGGUAAGCACCAACCUGAAACAUCUUUCAAAAAACGAUGAGUCCCUCAGUCUAUGAAGUAGCACCAACAGCUUUGCAAAUUGUCAUUUGUCCAUAUUAGGUUAACAGCAGAAAAUAUCUUUUAACUGUAUAUUGAAAUACACUUAAAAUGCCAAACAAUGUCCCCGAAAAAGAGAAAUCUUGUCUUUGAAUGGAAGACUGAAAUGUACAAAGAACCCUAUAGAUCCAGAAAAUAUCUGCAAAAAGACACUAUCGAGAUGAUAAUAAUUUGACAGCAAUUAGAUUGUGUUGUCUAUAAAGUAUACAGGUCCUGCAGUGUAGGAGAACAGUACGUUACGUGUGUGCAUAAAGUGAAAACAACUUUGAAAGAAACUUUCAUUGCACAGGCCUUGGAAAGUUUCUACAUGUCUAUUUAAGAUUGGCUGCAUCCUCCAUGUACCACAGCCCGAACCUGUCAUUUUUUAAAGAAAACAAAUUUUGCACAUUUGUCUUGAAGCUAUGUCUUAAAUAGCCCGGGUGAGCAGACGUGAUGUAUUUUCCACAUACGGUGUGGAUGGCUGAAUGUGGUAUGUAAAGGAUACUAAUUUGCUAUGUGAAUAUAAAUCUUGUGGGCAAAUCAACUUGUAUCAAAUGCAUUUUCACCAGAUUGCUGCCUGGAUUAGAGGCUUUCAGCUACAAGGAGAGAUUUGGUAGACUUGGAUUGUUUUCUCUCGAAUGUGAGGGGUUGAGGAGAAAUUUGAUAGAAGUCUAUAAAAUCACGCAAGGUGUCGACAGUCAGGAGAUUUUUCCCAAGGUGGGAUUGUCCAACACUAGAGGGAGUUUUAUGGAGAUAAGUUUUUUUUUUUACUCAGGGUGGCAGGGGUCUGGAACACGUUGCCAGCAUGGGUAAUGGUGAAGGCAAAUGUUAGCGAGACAGAGUUAAUGAUUCUGGUUUAAGAUUCCCUGUCAGAGCUGCGAAAGAGAAAACAAGUUAGUUUUCAAUUGCAGAGGUGAAGGGGGGGGGGGAUAGAUAAGCAGAUAAAAGGGAAUAUUUCUAUUGGAGUGAGGGUAAAUUGGUUAAUGCAGGUGUCAAAGGUUAUGGGGAGAAGGCAGGAGAAUGGGGUUAUGAGGGAGAUAAAUCAGGCAUGAUUGAAUGGCGGAGUAAACUUGAUGGGCCGAAUGGCCCAAUUCUACUCCAAUUCCUUAUGACCAUAUGAAUACAGCACUUCAAAGCAGAAGUGGCUGCCGUUCAGAGUACUAUUUUCAAUUAAAAUGUUAAUAACGUAGUAAUAGGAAAAUAAUCCUUGCAUUUAUCAAAAGCAGAACCAAAAUUUUAAUUUGCCAAAUUUUCCAGUUGAAUAUCUAAAUUUUAAUUCCAAAUCUGACAAAAUGUUAAGGUUGGUUCUGUAUUUCAGGAGUCUCCCACAUUUGUCAUUUCAAACCACUUUGUUUUACUUUCUAAUACAUUUAAAUACAAACACUGUAAUUGUUUGAAUAUAUGAACAAAGUUCAAAAGGCAACAUCUCGAAGUUCGACUUCUGAAUGUUAUUUUUUAAUAAAGUUAUUUCAGUGAAAA